AUGAGCACAUCAGUUUACCUAAAAAGCUUGGAUCCUUUAAAAAAAUGGAACAUGUAUGGUGGCAUUAAGUCUAGUUUAGAGAUGUUUUUUGACAAUCUCAACAUUGAGGACAGUACGAAUAAAACCGCUGAUUUAAUUAAAGCUGCAGAGAUUUCUGAUGACAAACACAUGGAACUUGAAGAAAAUGAUGAUGGGAAUAAUGGCAAUUCCAGGUCUGGUGUAUUGCCAAUAUCAAAACAAUCGCAGGAUCGCCAGUUUAGUUCUACGACCGUGCAGUCUCAUAACACUGCGAAUGAACCAACAAUCACUUCUACAUCCGACGGAGAAGAAAACAAAGAAGAGACUACAUUAUUACCCACAAACCGCGUUAAAAGAAAAAUUAUUGUUACUUCAUCUGAAGAACAAGUAGAGCAAUCGAAUAAUCGAAAAAAUUGGCCAUCACGUGCUGCACGUUAUCUGGCACAACGAACAACACCACAAACUUCUAGGCAUAAAAGUACUUCAAGUAAUAGCGAGUUACCAAUAGAAGAAGAUGUUGGCAAACGUAAGAAUACUAUUCCAACUGCGUCACGGAAGAAGCAACCAAAAAUUUCCGAAGAAUCAUAA